AUGAGCUACUAUCUCUUCUAUCUGGGCGACUCCACCCGCGCGCGGUGUUACGCGGAGAGCGCCGCAGAGAUCAGUGUCAGGGCUGGCGGCGGGCUCAUGUUCAUUCGCGCCCAGACGAUGACCGAGCUCAUCGCCGCCAACCCGGGGGCGCAGAGCGACGUCGGAUCGACGCUCUAUCUCAAGAAGCCGCUCCUCACCUUCCCGCCCGGCGUCGAGGAGCCCACCAAGCUGGCCAUUAGCGGCCUGCUCGAGCAGCUCAUCCUCGCCUCGAGCAAGAUCCACAUGUGGCGCACGAGCCAGCACAUCGCCGAGUGCGCCGAGCGGAGCAAGCGAGGCCGCCGGCGCCGAAAGUCGUCAUCGUCUUCGGCGUCGUCGGGGGGGCUCUCGUCCAAGAAGCGCCCGUGCGCCCACGCUGCGCUGUCGUCGCCGCUCCACCUGCUCUCCGUGCUGCAGGCCAUCGAGGAGAAGCUCGAGCACCUGGAGCUCCGACAGCGCGAAGCGUCCGCGCGGAAGGCACCCGGCGGCGGCCGCAAGGGCAGCCUGGACGCCCAGCAGCAACCGCAGCAGCCCUUGGCCCCAGCCGCACAGUCGGCGGCGACUGCGGCGACUACGGCCGCUACGAGCGAGCAGAACGUGUUCCUGAGCGACCUGCUGGCCUUCACGCGCUUCGUGCUGUUCAGCGUGCGGGCCGACUGCCACCGCGAGGCCGGGAUGACCAAGAACGCGUACCUCAGCGCCGAGAAGAUCCUCAUCCAGCUGGAGAAGGAGGCCGGCCGGCUGAUGAAGUUCGUCAUGGCCCUCUCGCCGCUGGUCCUCUCCUUCGUGUCCCCCAUCAUCGAACUACUGUGCGGCCCACUCCAAGCGCAGUUCCUCACAGCCGCAGACAGCCUGCGUGCGGUGAAUCUGCUCAGCCCGCUGCGCGACAUCUUCCCCAACAUCCUCCCAUUGCGGACCGAUCUCGCGCACGCCGUUCCGUUCUCCACCGUCUCCUCCACCACCUCCGCUUCCUGUUAUGUUGAAUUAAUGCCGACAAAUUGUCGACGCUAUGUAAAUGAGAAAAGAGAAAAGAAAUGA